UUGCUCCUUGUAAUGACAGUUAGUUUUGUGGUUUUCAUUCUAUCCCAGGAAUCUUUAUCAAAAAUUUGGACAAUUUUCUCAGGAAAACAUGAACUCGGAUGGGAAAACUUUUCGUUUAAUAUUAACCUCUGGGGACAGAAAGAAAAAACAGCUGUGGCUGAGACUCCAAUGCCUCUCCUCUACAGAGGAAAUUUCACAAAGGCUCCUCAGUGGGAUUUUGAUGAUGUCUAUAACCAGGAUGCCCCACCUAGACCAACAACAUGUGCCCAAUCACUGCGAAACUCUAAGGAUGAGAACUUCAAGAAGGCUUUUCUUCCCAACAUACGUUUGUUUCUGCACAAGGACAACAUUAACAUGAGCGAGUGGAAUCGCCUUUCACAUUUUAACAGUCCUUUUGGGUUUAUGGAGUACAAAUAUGAUGAAGUGAUGGCUUCAGUGAAGCUGAUUCCAAAGCCAAAAGAGCCACUGCUCCUCCCAAAACCAGGUGCCGAUGGCUGUAUUCACUGUGCUGUGGUGGGUACUGCAGGAAUUUUGAAUGGCUCAAAAGUGGGUGCAGAGAUCGAUGCACAUGAUUACGUUUUUCGGAUGAACGGUGCCGUUAUCAAAGGUUAUGAGGAAGAUGUAGGAAAUAGAACAUCAGUGUACGUUCACACAGAGCACUCCAUCACCGCAUCACCUUAUUUUUUUGGGAAGUAUGGAUACAAGUCUGCCCCUCAUGAUGAGGGAAUAAAAUAUGUGCUGAUUCCUGAGGCAAUGAGAGAUUUCCGAUGGCUUGAGGGUCUUUUCAAAGGACAUGAGGGCUAUAGUGGCCCACACCACAAGAAAUGGCCAGGGACCUACUAUUCAGGGCAGUACAAUGAGAGCCGAUUCUACGUUCUACACCAGGACUUCCUCCGAUACGUGAAGAACAGGUUCCUAAAGUCACCUAAUCUGAAUAAAAGAUUCUGGGCAAUAGUCAGACCAACCAAUGGAGCAUUCACUCUCUUCCUGGCUUUGCAUAUUUGUGACACAGUGGAUGCAUAUGGAUUCAUGACUGAUGACUACAUGAAAUACUCCAACUACUAUGCUCAGAAGUACAUUAAAACAAAAGUACAUUUCUAUUCCAACCAUGACUACAUUUUGGAGAAGAAUACAUGGAAAGAUCUUCACAACAGAAAAGUAAUAAAGCUGUAUCAAAGAACGGAGCCAGAAUCAGGGACUGAAAAGCCAAAGUAACACUGAGUCCACCCAUAAGGAUAAAACCUACACUACUGAAGAUAUUCAAGAGCCAUGUCAGGCAGCACAGUAGUGCAGUGGUCAGCACAGCAAGAAGUGUUCACAUCCAACAUAUAACUGGAGGGUUUCUUUGUGUGGAUUCUCUCUGUAGCAUCAGCUUCCUUUGAUGCUGCAUGAAGACAUGCACUUAGUUGGGUUAGGUUAACUGGUGAGAGUAUUUUGGCCAUAGGUGUGAAUGUGAGUGUCAUGGUUACCUGGUCUGUAUACAUUGUCCUUUCUUCUUUGCUGUGUUCACCUUUAAGCUGUGUGUUCCACCUUGGGGGUUUGCUGUAUGAUAGUUUUCAUUUAGAUAAUUUGCACUUGGCUCAUAUUUUCUUAUUUUUACAAGU